UCUCACACUAGCAUAUCGGAUAAUUAGCUCCACUGACAACAAGCUACCAAACCACCACCAGUCGGUGCUUUGUUUACAGGGGAGCAGAGGGCAAACAGCCCGACGACAGCAAACAUUCAAGCAGCAGGCAUACCUCACCUCACCUCACACGUUCUUGCUGGAGGCGGGAGGCGAGAGUUUCCGUGAAGAUGGGGAUCAUGUUCUCGUGCCCCGCCGAUGACUAUGACCCGAUGGACGCGCCGGCCGACGGCGGGGAGGGGGAGCCGGCCAUCCUCAGGGCCUUGGGCUCCGGCAAGCUGCUCAUACAGGGCUCGCUCAGCUUCAAGCGGGAGCAGCAGCUCGACCACACCUCCGGCUCCCUCCAGCUGGAGACCGAGAUCUCCAUCAGGGCCGGCGACAUUGCCGCCGAGGCCGAGGCGCCUCCGCCGCUUAUGCCGAGGGCGCUUGCCAGGCUGAGGGACGCCGACGGGGAGAGCCCGCGGCACGAGGCGGCGGCGCUGAGGCUGCAGAAGGUGUACAAGAGCUUCCGCACGCGGCGGCAGCUCGCCGACUGCGCCGUGCUGGUGGAGCAGAGCUGGUGGAAGCUGCUGGACUUCGCGCUCCUCAACCGGAGCUCCGUCUCCUUCUUCGACAUCGAGAAGCAGGAGACGGCCGUGUCCAAGUGGUCAAGGGCCAGAUCCCGGGCUGCCAAGGUUGGAAAGGGGCUGUCCAAGGAUGACAAGGCGCAGAAACUCGCAUUGCAGCAUUGGCUCGAGGCGAUUGACCCGCGUCAUCGCUACGGCCACAACCUGCACUACUACUAUGAUUGCUGGCUCCAUAGUGAAAGCAAACAACCGUUCUUCUACUGGCUUGAUGUUGGAGAAGGCAAAGAGAUCAAUCUUGAAGGCAAGUGCUCUCGGUCCAAGCUUCUGAGCCAGUGCAUCAAGUACCUUGGUCCGAAGGAAAGAGAGGACUAUGAAGUCGUAAUUGAGGACAGCAAGUUCAUGUACAGGAAAAGUCGGCAAAUAAUCGACACGUCCUUCGGCCCGAGAGACGCAAAGUGGAUCUUUGUUCUUAGCACAUCUAAGAGCCUGUAUGUUGGUCAGAAGAAGAAAGGUAAAUUCCAGCAUUCUAGCUUUCUUGCUGGGGGAGCUACUUCUGCUGCUGGGAGACUGGUUGCUGAAAAUGGGACUCUCAAGGCUAUUUGGCCUCACAGUGGUCACUACCGCCCAACAGAGGAGAAUUUCCAGGAGUUUAAAAGCUUCCUGACGGACAACUUGGUUGAUCUCACUGAUGUUAAGAUGAGCCCAUCAGAGGAGGAUGAGGAAUUUUGGGGUAGCCUCAAAAGGAUCGCCUCGGAGAACGACAAAUAUGAAGAUGACCCUGCUGCACCUGAAGAAACUGGCCCUCUUCAGAAAGCACAACUUGUUCAAACAACAUCUACAGAGAGCGAAAAACGCGAGGAACCAGCGGUGGCAACACCGGGUUCAUCAGAAGAUGCCAAAGCUACUGAAGCCUCCACUAGCAGCCACAUGUCUGAAAAGGACCUACAAAGGGGUGAGCAGGCACCGGUGCCGCGCGAGAAGAUCCUUCAGAGGAUCAACUCCAAGAAGGACAUGAAAUCAUACCAGCUCGGCAAGCAAUUGUCUUUCAAGUGGUCAACCGGGGCAGGCCCUCGGAUCGGGUGCGUGCGCGACUACCCUUCGGAGCUCCAAGCGCACGCACUUGAGCAAAUGAACCUGUCACCAAGGUGCGCCACUGGGUCUGUGUGUACUCGGUUUGCCUCACCAUUGAGGCGAAGCUUCAACUCCAUUGUGACAAGGGGGUGUGAGAAUGAGACGUCCACGCCGAGAGGAGAAUUCCGGUCACCUCUGCAGCAUGGUGUAGUUACAGAUGAGAGGUGAAAUGAGCACACCUGCAGUUGCAGCUACCUGAAGCGCCCCAAUCAACUGGAAAUACUGAAAUGCAUGCAGAUGUGUGUGAUAGUAGGAAAAAUAAAGUAACAUACUGCCUGCGUAGAUGCUGAUGCUGUUAGUGUAGUCCGGAUGAUAUGCAUACACAUUGUUUAGUUGACGUCUAUUACAGCUGCUUUACGUUAGAUAAUUCUUUCAUUCUUUUAUCAUUGAUGAGAACAAUGACUCAAUGAAAAAAAUAAGCAUAUGUGUUCCCCUCA